AUGGCGUCUCUUCGCACCGCCGAACACACAAAGACCGACCAGGAGCUUGCCAUCUCCAUCAAGAAAGCCACCAAUGCCGACGAGAUCUCUCCCAAGCGCAAGCACGUCCGAGCUUGCAUUGUUUACACAUGGGAUCACAGGUCUUCCUUGGCCUUUUGGUCCGGCAUCAAGGUCCAACCAAUCAUGGCUGACGAGGUUCAGACCUUCAAGGCCCUCAUCACCAUUCACAAGGUUCUCCAGGAGGGUCACCCCAGUGCCCUCAAGGAGGCAAUGGCUAACAGAGGCUGGAUCGACGGCCUGAACCGCGGCAUGGCCGGCGAGGGCGUCCGUGGAUACGGUCCUCUCAUUCGGGAAUAUGUCUACUUCCUACUCGCCAAGCUAUCCUUCCACCAGGCCCAUCCCGAAUUCAACGGAACUUUCGAGUACGAAGAGUACAUCAGCCUCAAGGCCAUCAAUGACCCCAACGAGGGUUACGAGACCAUCACAGACCUCAUGGUCCUACAGGAUAAGAUUGAGCAGUUUCAGAAGCUCGUCUUCUCCCACUUUCGCAACGUCGGCAACAAUGAAUGCCGAAUCGCAGCCCUGGUGCCCCUCGUCCAUGAGAGCUAUGGCAUUUACAAGUUCAUUACGAGCAUGCUUCGCGCCCUUCACACCAUUACCGGCGACGACGACGCCCUUCAGCCCCUCCGCGAACGAUAUGAUGCCCAGCACUACAGACUCGUCAAGUUUUACUACGAAUGCUCCAACCUGCGCUAUCUCACCAGCUUAAUCAACAUCCCCAAACUUCCCCACGACCCCCCCAACCUGCUUGCCGAAGACGAGAAUGCCCCCGCCCUUCCUGCGCGCCCCAAGCAGGAGAUUGAGCGCCAGCCCACCCCGGUACCCGAGCCAAAAUCAGAAGAACCUGACGAGAUUUCCGACUUUUGGAAGAGUGAGUUGGAGCGACAGAAUAGAGAAUACGAAGAGCAGCAGCGUGUUCUGGAGCAACGACAGCAGGCCCAGCUCCAGGCCCAACAACAAGCUCAGCUACAAGCCCAACGAGACUUUGACGAGCAGCAGAGGCGUUUGGCCGAACAGCAGCAGCGGGAGCAAGAGGCCCUUCUGGCCCAGCAGGCACAGUGGCAGACCCAGGGUAGGUUGGCGGAGCUUGAGCGCGAGAAUCUCAACGCGCGCUCGCGCUUCGAGCAGGACCAGCUCAUGCUACAAAAGUACGAUCAGCGUGUCAAGGCUCUCGAGGGCGAACUAGCCCAGCUGCAAAACAACUACGGCCAGCAAAUCACCAGCAAGGAUGAGCAGAUCCGAGCUCUGCAGGAGCAGGUCAACACCUGGAGGACAAAGUACGAGGCUCUGGCCAAGCUGUACUCGCAGCUGCGCACUGAGCACCUUGACCUUCUGCAAAAGUUCAAGGCCGUCCAGCUCAAGGCUGCCAGUGCUCAAGAAGCCAUCGACCGACGCGAGAAGCUAGAACGUGAAAUUAAGACCAAAAAUCUUGAGCUUGCCGACAUGAUUCGCGAGCGCGACCGCGCCAUGCACGACAAAGAUCGCCUCUCUGGAAGCAACAAGGACGAGCUAGAGAAGCUCAAACGCGAGCUGCGCAUGGCCAACGAUCGUGCCGAUAACCUUGAGCGCAGCAAAGGCAACGAGCUGUCUACCAUGCUUGCCAAGUACAACCGCGAAAUGAGCGAUCUCGAGGAGGCUCUCCGCACCAAGUCGCGUGCCCUCGAAGAUGCUCACUCCAAGCUUCGUGACGGCAGCUCCGACCUGGAACAGCUCCUGCGCGACAAGGAAGAGGAGUUGGAGGUGUAUAAGGCCGGCAUGGACCAGACUCUCAUCGAGCUCAAUGAUCUCAAACAGAACCAGGGAAGCAACGACGAACUCCUGGAUGGCCAGCUCGAUGCCAUUAUCAUGGCCAACCUAGACAAGAUCAAUGAUAUCAUCGACUCUGUCCUCCAGGCCGCCAUUGGCCGCGUCGACGACGCCCUGUACGAACUGGACUCCACCAUGCAGGCCGGUAACCAAAACGCGUCGCCCGCCUACGUCCUAUCGCAAAUUGAAAAGGCCGCUGCUAGUGCCAUGGAGUUUGCAACAUCUUUCAACAACUUCAUUGCCGACGGCCCAAACAGCACUCAUGCUGAGCUGAUCAAGUCUGUUAAUGUGUUUUCGGGGGCUAUGGCCGAUGUGUGCAGCAACACCAAGGGUCUGACGAGACUGGCAACGGAUGAUAAGAAGACCGACUCUUUGAUGAACGGUGCCCGACAGUCGGCCAUGGCGUCUGUCCAGUUCUUCCGCAGCCUGCAGAGCUUUCGUCUGGAGGGCAUGGACCAAGUGCAAAAGACGGAUGUAGUCAUCAACAGCAGCACGGAUGUACAGAUGAACCUUCAGAAGCUGAAUAAGUUGGUCGAGGGCUUUGCUCCCGGCUUUGGUAAAUUUGCCCAGAACAAGGGGGAUCUGGGGGAUCUCGUCGACUCGGAGCUGAGCAAGGCUGCGGACGCUAUUGCGGCUGCCGCAGCUCGCCUGGCCAAGCUCAAGAAUAAGCCUCGUGAUGGCUACUCUACAUAUGAACUCAAGGUCAGCGACACCAUCUUAGAUGCAGCUACGGCCAUUACAAAUGCCAUCGCCGAACUCAUCAGAGCGGCAACCGUUACGCAGCAGGAAAUUGUGCAGGCGGGCAAGGGCUCAUCGUCACGCACGGCAUUCUACAAGAAGAACAACAGAUGGACCGAGGGUCUCAUCUCAGCAGCCAAGGCAGUGGCUUCAUCUACGAACACGCUGAUUGAAACGGCGGAUGGCGUGCUGUCAAAACGCAACAGUCCCGAGCAGCUGAUUGUGGCCUCGAACGAUGUGGCUGCCUCUACUGCGCAGCUGGUGGCGGCCAGCCGUGUCAAGGCCGGGUUCAUGUCCAAGAAUCAGGACAAGCUGGAACAGGCUAGCAAGGCGGUAGGCGCCGCAUGCCGGGCUCUCGUGCGGCAGGUGCAGAGCAUGAUCAAGGAGCGCUCGCAGGACGAGGACCAGGUUGACUACACCAAGCUGGGGCACCACGAGUUCAAAGUACGGGAGAUGGAGCAACAGGUCGAAAUUCUUCAGCUGGAGAAUGCUCUUGCCGCGGCCAGACACAGAUUGGGUGAAAUGCGCAAGAUUUCAUACCAAGAGGACUAG